ACCAGUGCUGAGUCUUGGGGUACUGGCAGAGCUGUGGCUCGAAUUCCCAGGGUUCGAGGUGGCGGCACUCACCGUUCUGGCCAGGGUGCUUUUGGAAAUAUGUGUCGUGGGGGCCGCAUGUUUGCACCAACCAAGACCUGGCGACGUUGGCACCGCAGAGUGAAUACAACGCAGAAGCGAUAUGCCAUCUGCUCUGCGUUGGCUGCCUCGGCUUUACCAGCGCUGGUCAUGUCUAAAGGUCAUCGUAUAGAGGAAGUUCCUGAACUUCCUUUGGUGGUUGAAGAUAAAGUUGAAGGCUACAAGAAGACCAAGGAGGCUGUUUUGCUCCUGAAGAAACUUAAGGCUUGGAAUGAUAUCAAAAAGGUCUACGCCUCGCAGCGAAUGAGAGCUGGCAAAGGCAAAAUGAGAAACCGUCGCCGUAUCCAGCGCAGGGGACCCUGCAUCAUUUAUAAUGAGGACAACGGUAUCAUCAAGGCCUUCAGAAACAUCCCUGGAAUUACU